AUGUCCUACCAGCACCGCAUCACCCUCCUAGGCACCGGGACAAUCGGCCUCUCAAUGGCAGCCCUCCACCUCCGCCGCCCCGACACAUCUGUCACGCUUUACGACCCACGCCCAGACCUGGAGUCCCAAGUACACGAAGUACUGCCCGCAUUCCUCUCAUCCUCCUCCCUGAAACAAGAACACGGAGACGGAGACAAAGGCAUAAUCCAAAGUCUCCUCUCCACAUCCCGUCUCCGCCUCUCCGCUUCCCUCGAAGAUGCCUGCCGCGGCGCAACUAUCAUCCAAGAACAGACACCCGAAGUCCUUUCCUCAAAGCAGUCUCUCUGGACACAGGUCCAGGAAUUUGCGGAUCCCACGGCCCAUCUGUGGAGUAGUUCCAGUGGGAUUCCUGCUUCGGCGCAGUGUGCUACUUGUUCCGUUGAGGAGAACGAUGUCAAGUCCCGUUUGCUCGUGGCUCACCCGUUUAAUCCGCCGCAUCUGAUGCCUCUCGUGGAGAUUGUUCCGGGGCCGGAGACUAAGGCGGAUAGAGUUGAGUUUGUGAAGAGGUACUUUGAUACUACGCCCGGUCCAUUGCCUCUUCCCUCUUCCACGGAGAAUCAGAGUCAAAGUCAGCAGAAUGAAGGCUAUUACCGCCCCAUAAUCCUACACAAAGAAAUCUCCGGCUUCGUCGGAAACAGACUUGCAUUUGCACUUCUACGUGAAGCAUGCCAUCUCGUUGGCGAGGGCGUGGUCAGCGCGCGGGACCUCGAUGCUAUCGUGACGGCUAGUCUUGGGCCGCGGUGGGCGGGCAGUGGUGUGUUUGAGAGCUAUCAUGCUGGCGGCGGGGAGGGCGGGAUUGGAGCUUUCUUGCAGAAGCUUAUGCCGACAAUCCAGCCCGUGUGGCGAGAUUUGGGGCAGACGGAGAUUAGUGCGGAAGGCGGGGAGAAUUGGAGGGAGAUGGUUGUGCAGCAGACCGAGGAGGCAUAUGGCCCGUAUACGGCGGAGACGAGGAGGAGCAAAGAGGAGAUGCUGCGGGAGGUGGUGGCGAUGCAGCAGCGGAGCUGGAGUGAUUUACAAUAG